GUCCUGUAUAGAUUUAGUUGGUCAUUAGUGUUGAGCGUUGAGAGACGACGUCUUUUGUUCUCUUGAAUAAAACAUUAAGUGAAAAUUAAAUUACGAGACAAAAAUGUUAUUUGACAAAAUAGGACUCGCUCUUUUAGGAUUAGCUCUAAUCUCAAAUAUUAUAGGCGUAGCAAUUCCAUAUUGGUUUUAUUUCUCUUUAACCGUGCAAGGUGAAACUGGGUCUGCUAAUUUUGGACUAUGGAAGUCAUGUGGGUCUGAAACAACGGGCAAAGGCGGUACCUUCGUUACAAAAUGCAUGAACUUCGACAACACGGACGGUUUUACUGUGCCUACAGCAUUUUAUGCUGCACGCGCUCUCGAGAUCCUGGCCAUCCUGGCAACCACGGCGGCAAUUAUUGUCGUCUGCAUGAAGAUAUUUUUCAAGAAGGAGAAUAACCGUCUGUUGUACAUAGCCGCACCAAUUUCUAUAUUUGCAAGCUUGUUCGUGAUAAUCGGUGCCAUUGUGUUUGUUGUCGACAACGAGGUAAAGAAAAUGGUGGAAUCGGCGAACCCCUUGGUCCAUUUCAAACCUCAUGCAUCGUUUGGUUUGAGUAUUGUUGCUGGUAUACUCAAUAUUGUGGCUUCACCGAUGCUGAUCUUGGCUGCCAGAGCUAUUCCUGGCCUUACAUAAAAUCAACGAAUAUUGAUCCGCGUGAAUCUUGCCUUUUGAUUUACAUUACAAUACUGCUUACUUCAAACUUGAUAUCUUAAUUGUUUAAUCGUGAAAGGAAUUCCAGAACAGAGCCUAUGUGUCCAAUUCUUUUUAUAUUUUUUCAAAAACUUAAAACUUAAGAAAAAGGUGGGUUUAAUUGUAAUUGUGUUUCUGCAAAGCAUGCUGUAUAUACAUAUCUAUUUUAUUUUUUCUAUUUUUCAUCUUUUCUGAGAAAGGAAUUGUCAGCACUUAUAGUUUUAAGCUGUGGAGUGUUUUCAAAAAUUAUUUCUAUUUUGUUACACAUGUAUAACUAACAAUGCCAAUCAAGAAAUGGCGUUUAUGAAAAGUAAAAAAAAAACUAUUUCUUUUGUUUGGAUUUUUUGUAAGCUCAUUUUGCAUUUCUGAAGGACACUGUACUUUCUUUUUCGUUGUUACCGCAUCAGUAUGGUUACAAUUACAACGAAAUAGUAAAUAUUUUUAGUUUUUCACGAUACUGCCAAAUAGAUUAAAAAGUUUAACACAUUUUUGAAUUAUUAUUUCAAAAUUAUGUUGAUGUUACCAAAACAAAUUAGCACAUUAGCGGAUAGAGGCAAUGCUUGCUUCAAAUGAUUAGUAGCUUAAACGCUUUCAUUUUUACAUAAAUAAAUAUUCGUAUUUUAAACCUUUUCGGUUUCACAUAACUGAAAAUUCGUAUUUUGAACACUUUCAUUUUCACAUAACUGAACAUUCGUAUUUUAAACGCUUUCAUUUUCACAUUACUGAACAUUCGUAUCUUGAACGCUUUCAUUUUCACAGUACUGAGUAAGGGAUACUUUAUUUCAAAUAAUAAUCACAUCUGUUGAAAUAUCUUUAAUCUUUUUUUUUCUUAAAAAUGUUAAUUUAGCAAAAUAGCUUACCAUUUAUGUUUCUCAAAAACAAACUUUUGUUAUAUCUUUAUUGCUUUUAGAGUACCGAGAUAGCAGGAACUAAACCCAUCAUAACUCAUUUUUUUGUUAUAGUAAUUUUUUCUCAUACUUUGUUUUAAUCAUAUCUAUUUAUUAUUCAAUGUUUAUUGAAUUAUAAAGAAAAAUAUCACCAUUACCUUUUAUGAUGCAAGUAUUUGCAUUUUUAUACAAAUUGUCUAUACUCAAUAAAGUUCUUUUGUGUA